CACGAAAAAAUUCAUCCGGUGAAUCGUGCUCAGCUCAUAGCAACUGCUAUCAGAAAUGUUAAAAAUAAUCCUUCUUUUAUUGACACGCUUUUUAAAAUAUCUCUUUACCUUAAUCGAGAAAAAGAAUUCUUACCUUGGGUGCCUUUAACUGAGAUUUUGGCAAAAAUUUCAGAAGAAUAUCUUAAUACUAAUAAUGAAGAUCUGUUUGAAGAAUAUAUUCGUUUUCUUACUAAUGCAAUAGCUGAGACUAAUUUUGAGGGAGAGACACUUGAAUCUGCUCGGAUUAGAAAAGUCUUCGCUCCGGUACUUUGUGGUGUGAAGAAUAAAAAUUGUCUGUCGUAUGCUCAAAAAAUUUUUGAUCAAUUCUUGCAGAAUCCUUCUAAAAAUGCAUUUCCAGAAUAUGGCUGGGAUUGGGUAAUAUGUACAGGUCUUAAAGAUGCCAAUGAUACUGUAUGGGAAAAAUUUACAUCUGAUGAAGCUCCAAUAAAAAAGUCUAUCCAAAAAAUCAAUUAUAAAUUAAUAAAAUGUACAAAUGACAAUGAAAAACGUGACAAAUAUCUUAUGAAAAUAAUUCAUUCAAAUUCAACUUCAAGACCGUAUUUUGUAAAUAGAGUUUUUUUUUUUAUUAAAAAAAAAUAUUAA